GAAGUAAAAGAGGAAUAUAAGAAGAAAAGUGAUUUUGCAAAAGCCAGAUGUCUGGGAAAAUUUAAUUUGCUGCCGUCGAUAUCAAAAAAUAGUAGAAGUUCUUCAAGUAUUAAACCAAUAUUCCAGCCAAAAUGAAUCGACACGUGGAACUACAUGAUAGUGAUGAAAGUGACAGCGAUUUUUGUCCAGAGAAAGAUGCCGGCAACGAAGUUUCUGAGGAGGCUUCUACUGAACCAUCUAGUUGUAGUGAGGCAGAGGAGAGUUGUGAAAAUAGUCCCCAACAACAAAAACGAAAAAAGAACCGUGGACACAGUAGAAAAUCCCAGACGAAAAAAUUAAAAGGUCGAAAGAGUACACGUGCACAAGACAAGAAACGUUCGAGUGACACCGACGAAGAGAGCACGACUGCAGACACAGAGCGCAGACGCAACACUCGGCAAACCGAACUUUCAAAGCGGUUAUGUAGUUCUAAAGAAAAAGAUACUUUGGAAUCUGAAGAAGAAGAUAAAUCUAGGUCUGAUGCACUCUGGGCAGAUUUUCUCAGCGAUGUAAAGCCGGAACAAACUGAAAAAGUAUCAAAAUCCCAAACGAAUACUAGUAGUAAUGAUGCUACCUCUAAUGGUAGACCAGAGACAGCUGCAAAAAAUGGACGCAAAAGGCCAAAGGAUGAAGAUAAAAGUGAAGAAAAAUCUACCUCACAAGAAAAGCCAACAGUUGCAAAAAAACAAGAAAAGCAUGCGGUGACAGAAGUUUUAGAUUUUGCAGGAGAAGAGGUGCAUGUAGAAAAAGUGGUAAAUUCUGAUAGUGUAAAGGAGAAUAAAGAGACAGUGGUACGGGCAGGAACUUCAACAUUGCGCGCCGGUUUUCCACCAGGUUUAAAACGACCGAUGGCUGGUGGCAGUGGCAGCGGCGGUUUGGGCUCGUUACUCAAUCAAAUUGGAAAAAAGAAAAAAAUAUCCGUGCUGGAAAAAUCGCAAUUGGACUGGAAAAGUUUCAAACAAGACGAAGGCAUUGAGGAAGAGUUGCAAACAUUUAACAAAGGCAAAGACGGCUUCUUGGAGCGACAAGACUUCCUGCAACGUACUGAUCUACGCCAAUUUGAGAUUGAAAAGAACCUACGUCAGUCAAGGCGCAACAAUUAAAUCCUACCGUAGAAUUACACGACAAAAUACAUGCAUCUAUAAUUAUAAUAUAACCAAUAAUUGACACAUUUUACUAAUUAAAUACAUAAGUAUCUGACUAAAUUCAAACCAUCAAUAUAUUAUAUAGUACAUAAAACAUGCUUGCUGAUGUUCAGAUUAACUUGUUGAUAGCCGCCUAUUGUAUUCCGUAUAAGAAAUUACAAUAUAAAUAUAUAAUACAUACAUAUGUACAUGUAUGGUAUAUUCAAUAAAUGUCUACUUUACACAUAGAAAAUAGCAAAGAAAACAAUCGCUUGAUAUUUCAUUUUGGAUA